AAAGGAACCCAUUCGUCAAAAUUAGUUCGUUAGAAAUAAGCUCAAUGUAUCAGAUUUGUCUUUGACGUUUUUAUUACAUUAACUAAACGUCCAAGGCCUUCUUCCUUGUUCCUAAACCCAACCAUCCUUUACGGUGCGACACACAAAGUAUUGUUUAUAUUUUUAUUUAUCCAUUUAUUUCCAUUUAUUAGAAAGUCAUUGAUUGGUGAAAAUUUUAAAAUACAAAAUUUAUUAAACAAGUAUAUAAACUCCUCAUUAGUGCCAUUAACGAGCUUCCCUUUUCUCCUCUGUUCUUCACUUUAAGAAAUUUACGAACUUUUUAAAUUUUUCUCUUGGACGAAUCAUCUCUGAUCUGAGUUUAAUUAAUCACUCUUUGAUUAAGGACUUUAAAAAUCUACACUUUUGAUUUUCAUCUUCACUUCCUUAGAAUUGAGCUCCAUGGAGAACGAGCUGUUUAUGAAUGCAGGAGUUUCACAACCGCCAGUGAUGAUGACGUCACCGUCUUCUUCUUCGGCGAUGCUCGACUGGGUUUCGAGUUCGACACAGCCGGUGGACCCGAGUCUCAGUCGCAAUCUAUCGCGAGAUUGUUUGUUCUGGGAAAAGUCAACGGAACAGAGCAUCUUCGACUCGGCUCUGAGUUCACUCGUCUCUUCGCCGAACUCAAACUUCUCCGGCGGAGGAGUAGCUCACGGAGACAAUUUCAUCAUCAGAGAGCUAAUCGGAAAAUUGGGUAACAUCGGCGAGAUCUACGGAUCUCCGGCGAGCAACGGGAACGUCUCCGCCUCGUGUUACGCAACUCCGAUGAGCAGCUCUCCACCGCCGAGACAUAUGAUGGUGACGAAACCGCCGACCCCCUUGGCUGAAUUCUCCGGCGACUCGGGUUUCGCGGAGAGAGCGGCGAGGUUCUCUUGUUUCGGUAGCCGGAGUUUUAACGGCAGGACCAACCCACCGUUCCCGAUUAAUAAUCACGUGCCCGUCGCAGCCAAUGAGAAAAUGCCACGUGUCUCUAGCACCCCAGCUCUGAAGCCUCUCGCGGGCGAAUCUUCCGGUGAAAUUUCCCGGAAGAGAAAAACAAAAUCCAAGCAGAAUUCUCCUUCCACAGCUUCACCAUCCAAGGAGGUUGAAGAGAAGGAAGAUUCUGAUCCGAAGAGAAGCAAAAAGACAGAAGCAAACGAAGACAAAACGAAAUCAGUUGAUGAUGAUCCUUACAAAGACUACAUUCAUGUCAGAGCUCGACGAGGCCAAGCCACUGACAGUCACAGUCUCGCCGAACGAGUUCGAAGAGAGAAAAUAAGCGAGAGAAUGAAGCUGCUUCAAGAUCUUGUCCCUGGAUGCAACAAGGUUACUGGGAAAGCACUGAUGCUGGAUGAAAUUAUAAACUAUGUCCAAUCAUUGCAACGACAAGUUGAGUUCUUGUCGAUGAAGUUAUCGUCAGUGAACACCAGGCUGGAAUUUAACAUGGAUGCUUUCAUGUCAAAGGAUUUAUUUCCUUCAGGCAACAAUCUAAUGCAUCAGCAAGUACUUCAACUAGAUUCUUCAGCAGAAACCUUAUUGAGUGAUCAUCAUCACAAUACAAAUUUACAACUGAACCCUAAAAUUUCUUCCAAUAACAUAAUGACCCCAUUGGAACCUUCUGAAACUAGAAGCUUCGUUUCUCACUUACCAACACUUGCUCAUUUCACUGACUCUAUUUCUCAGUAUUCAACGUUUUCUGAAGAUGAUUUACAUAGCAUCAUUCAUAUGGGUUUCGCUCAAAACCGGAUCCACGAAUUGAACCAAGGUCCAUCAAACCAAGUACCAUCGAACAUGAAAGCUGAACUUUGAACCUUUAUUUGUAAUUUUUUUUACAAAAAGAUUAGAGUUCUAAAAGGGCUUACGGAUAGAAAGUGAGAAAAGGAUUGAUGGGUGUACAUAACAAGAAAGCUUGAAUUGGACCACACCAUUUGCGAAUUCAGUUCUACAAUCAUUCUCAUAGAUAUAUAAUUUCUUCAUUUUAUCUUUACGAUUCAUUUGUGGUACUCGAUUUUAUUGUCAUAUCCAAUUAUCCGUUAUUAUUAUAAUCAGAUUCCAUAAGCUUGUAUUGUUUAUAUUUAAAACCAGUGUAAGUUUUAAUCCCA